AUGUCGGGAGCGGAGCCAUCGGCGGCGGCGGCGGGGGCGGGGGCGGGCAAUGGCCAGCACGCGGCGGUGGACAUCCGCACGGCGGCGCAGCAGCCCGAGGAGCCGAGGCAGACGUCCAUGAGCGGGCCGCUCAACCUCCGGAGCGACCGGAGGCCGCCGCCGGCGCAGAGGGCCUUCAGCCGGCAGGUGUCCCUGGGCAGCGGCGUCACGGUGAUGGGCAUGGACAGAGGCGGGAGGAACGGCGGCAGGCCCGGGCAGCGCGCGCUCCCGCGCAGCGGCAAGAGCCUCGGCGUGCUCAACCACAGCGGCGGCCUCGGCCCGGACGGCGCCCCGCGCAGGGGCGGCGACUUCAGCAUGUUCCGGACCAAGUCCACGCUCAGCAAGCAGAACUCCAUGCUGCCGUCCAGGAUCAAGGAGGAGCUGGACGGCGUCGACCUGGACCACGUCGAGGGCCAGCCCACCGGCAGGCCCGACGUGGACCCUCUCAACAAGAGCGUCCCCGCCGGCCGCUACUUCGCCGCGCUUCGCGGCCCCGAGCUCGACGAAGUCCGCGACUACGAAGACAUCCUGCUGCCCAAGGACGAGGUGUGGCCGUUCCUGCUGCGGUUCCCGAUCGGCUGCUUCGGCGUCUGCCUGGGGCUCGGCAGCCAGGCCAUCCUGUGGGGCGCGCUGGCGGCGAGCCCGGCGAUGGGGUUCCUCCGGGUGACGCCCAUGAUCAACGUCGCCGUGUGGCUGCUGGCGACGGCCGUGCUGGUGGCCACGUCCGUCACCUACGCGCUCAAGUGCGUCUUCUACUUCGAGGCCAUCCGGCGCGAGUUCUUCCACCCGGUGCGCGUCAACUUCUUCUUCACGCCGUCCAUCGCCGCCAUGUUCCUCGCCAUCGGCCUCCCCCGCGCCUUCGCGCCGGCGAGGCUGCACCCGGCCGUGUGGUGCGCGUUCGUGGCGCCGCUGUUCGCGCUGGAGCUCAAGAUCUACGGGCAGUGGCUGUCGGGCGGCAAGCGGAGGCUGUGCAAGGUGGCCAACCCGUCGUCCCACCUGUCCGUGGUGGGCAACUUCGUGGGCGCCAUCCUGGCGGCGCGGGUCGGGUGGGAGGAGGCCGGCAAGUUCCUGUGGGCCAUCGGCGUCUCCCACUACAUCGUCGUCUUCGUAACGCUCUACCAGCGGCUGCCCACCAACGAGGCGCUGCCCAUGGAGCUGCACCCGGUCUACUCCAUGUUCAUCGCCACGCCGUCCGCCGCCAGCCUCGCCUGGGCGGCCAUCUACGGCAGCUUCGACGCCGUCGCGCGCACCUUCUUCUUCAUGGCGCUCUUCCUCUACAUGUCCCUCGUCGUGCGCAUCAACUUCUUCCGUGGCUUCCGGUUCUCCAUCGCGUGGUGGUCCUACACGUUCCCCAUGACGACGGCGUCGCUGGCGACCGUCAAGUAUGCCGAGGCCGUGCCGUGCUUCACGAGCAGAGCCCUCGCGCUGAGCCUGUCCCUCAUGUCGACGACCAUGGUGUCGCUGCUGCUCGUGUCGACGCUCCUGCACGCCUUCUACUGGCGCUCGCUGUUCCCCAACGACCUCGCCAUCGCCAUCACCAAGGACCGGCAGAGCGGCGCCGGGAGGCCGCACGGCAAGGGGAGGAAGGCCGGCAAGAGGGUGAACGACAUCAAGCGGUGGGCCAAGCAGGUGCCGCUCUCGGUCGUCUCCUCCAUCACCAAGAGCAACUCUGCAGACAAGGAAGAAGAGGAGAAAACAGACUAG